AUGUUCGGGACCAUAGUUUCUAUUUGCAAGAAGAAUGGGAUUUCCGGUCUUUACAGCGGUCUUUCGGCUUCGCUUCUUCGGCAAAUAACCUACUCAACCACACGAUUCGGUAUAUAUGAGGAGCUGAAAUGUCGAAUUAACGAGUCAGCGUCAUCACCUCCAUCUCUGCCCACACUCAUUGGAAUGGCUUCGGUGUCAGGUUUUGUCGGCGGAGUAGUCGGCAACCCUGCUGAUGUUCUGAAUGUCCGGAUGCAGCGUGAUGCUGCCCUGCCUCCUGAGAAACGGCGAAAUUACCGGCAUGCUUUCCAUGGGCUAUCACAGAUGAUACGCACAGAAGGCCCAUCUAGUUUAUUUCGUGGAGUGUGGCCCAAUUCCUUAAGGGCGGUCUGUAUGACCGCUGCUCAAUUGGCGACCUACGAUGAGUUCAAGCAGAUAUGUAUUGGCCACCUAGGCAUGGCUGACAAUAUUUUGACACAUCUGACGGCGUCGGUAAUGGCUGGCUUUGUUGCGACUACACUCUGCAGCCCAAUUGACGUAAUAAAGACUCGAAUAAUGGGCGCGAGUGCUGCAGAAACCAAGGGACACUCCAUUGUCGGGCUCCUAAAGGAGAUUUUUCACAAAGAAGGCUUAUCAUGGAUGUUCCGUGGGUGGACCCCAAGCUUUAUGCGUCUCGGUCCGCAUACCGUCGCAACAUUCUUGUUCCUGGAACAGCAUAAGCAAUUAUAUCGAGCUUUUAAAUACCCUGAUGGUGACUCGCGUGCGGCUGUUUAA